AAAUGAAAAUUGCAACCCUAUCCAACCCACCAAUCGGCAUCACCCCCUCAAACCGACCCAAAAUAUAUCACCCGGUCCUCAAUUUAGUCACUACACAGUUCCAAAGCUAACCCAAAAUGCCAUGCUUCAGCAUCACCCAGUCCAAAAACUCAUGCCACCGGUUCACCUUUGCCCGAGCCGGCCUCCGGUCUGCAAUCACCGACCUCAAAGACGGCGCCACCACCAUACACUGCUGGGUCCCGCAAUCCCCGAACCCUUCCAAGCCCAACCUCCUCCUCAUCCACGGCUUCGGCGUCAACGCAAUGUGGCAGUUCGUUGACCUCCUCCGCCAUGUCACCCCUCACUACAACGUCUACGUGCCGGAUCUCGUCUUCUUCGGCGACUCCUACACGACCCGGCCCGACCGGUCCGAGUGGUUCCAGGCCGAGUGCGUGAUGCAGGCGAUGGAGGCGCACUCGGUGCGGAGGCUGAGCCUGGUGGGGCUGAGCUACGGCGGGUUUGUGGGCUACAGCUUGGCUGCCAUGUACAAGGAGGCGGUGGAGAGGGUUGUGAUAUGCUGCGCCGCCGUGUGCCUGGAGGAGAAGGACCUCUGGGAAGGUGCGUUUGGGAUCUCGGAUUUGGAUGAGGCGGCCGGGAUUUUGACGCCGCAGACGCCUGAGAAGCUGAAGGAGUUGGUUAGGUACACGUUUUUCAAGCCACCUCCGGUUGGGUUGCUGCCCUCUUGCUUGCUCAUGGAUUUCAUUCAGGCAAUGUACUCCGAAUUUGUGCAAGAGAAGAAAGAGUUGAUCCACGCCAUCCCCAAAAACCGAAAGCUUUCAGACCUCCCCAAGAUUCCUCAGCCAACCCUUAUAGUUUGGGGAGAACAUGAUCAAGUAUUUCCAGUUGAAUUUGCUCACAAAUUAAAGAGGCACUUGGGAGAAAAUGCUCAGCUUGUAGUAAUCAAGGAUGCAGGGCAUGCAUUGAACGCAGAAAAGACCAAGGAGUACCACAAGCACAUCAAGUCCUUCUUACUCGAUUCACUGCCCCCUCCGACAAGUUCAUCUGCUAAACAUCAAAACCAGCCAGACUAAUUAAUCAUUGUAAAGAAAAAUCGCGCACGUGGACGACUCUCAACUGUUGACUCUCUCAUGCAUCAGCGGCCUGGAGUUGCCCACUCACGCGUGGCUGAUUGACGCAAGCACAUUGCCGGCACAUGCUUCAUCCAAGCACAAGCUUGUGUUCUACCGAAGAUGGAAAAGGAGAUUCAUUUGAAGGGUCCUAGUGAAUGUAACUUUCAUAGCAUAAGGGGCAAAUAAUAUGCCUACCCUGUAAACUAAUUUAUUCAAUGAGAGAUGUGUAUCAAAUAGAUA